AUGUUUCAAACAGAAGCUCUUAUUGAUACAUCAAUUUUGCCAUCUGAUAUCAUGUUAUUACGUGAUGUUAAAUUUUUUGAUUUUGUUCGAAAAGAAGCUGGCGAUGCUGCUGUUGAACUUUUUGAAAUUCAAAGUAUCAAUUAUGUUAAAUCUUUGUUGAUGACAGCUGAUGUUUAUUGUAUUAUGAAUUUGAAAAGCAAAGCUUUAGAUUGUUUUAAAAAUAAACAUGGUUUUAUGCUUGAUGAUGAUACAUUCAUUAUAAAAAUUGGUAUAAAAGGAAAUGUGGACUAUCUUAUUGACUUAUUAAAACAAAAAUGUACUGCUGAUGCAAAGUUAACAAAAUCUUCAAAACGUAAUCAAUCAUCACCACCAUUAGAUAGAACCAUAAACAUAUCCUCAACUACCACAGAAUCAACAAUGUCGGUUUUAUCGAGUAAUUCAUCAAACGUUGUCACAUCAAAAAAAUCUGAUAUUAUUGAUAUAUCACAUUCAUUAGAUGACGAUUUUUCCUUACAAGUCGAUCCAUUAACUGUGAAAGCAAGUGUUACUAUUACACCAAAAACUAACACAGCUGCAACAUCUACCAAUUAA